GCCGAUGCGCUCGCAGGAAUCCUCCUGACUUUGCUCAGAGGGCUUGCCAGCCUUCUAUUCAAUCUAGAAAAAACACUUGCGCUGCCUCGCGCGCGUACACGACCGACGGCAGCGGCACACGAGCACGCACGAUGCCCAGAGUCCAUGCCCAGCUCAGACAUGUGACUGACACCGACCCAGUAUCCAUACAACCCGAAGAUAUCGUGGAACCAGAAAUAGAAGAGGAUGAAGAUGCUGGACGCAGAGCCCGGAAACGUCGGCGGAUUGAGACCAUUGCCAAUCAGUACAUCAAGCUCGGGAGAGUGCCGCUGAUUGUGUCCGCGGGCUUGCGCGGUCCCUUCGACAAUGGGUGGAAGAAUCCUUGGGUGACGGCGCCAUCAAGGCCGACCAACGAAACUGUGCAAUCGGAUGCGCAAAGGACAAAUGCACAGGAAGACAAAUCUGCGAAUCCCGCUCGCACAAGGACAAGACGUGCCAAAUCGAACAACCUCCCACCGGUGUCGUCUGUUCCGUCUCCAGAGGCCUCGCGUGCUCCCGAUGUCGCCCAGGACAGCGUUUUGCCCCCAGAAGACCUUCCAGAUGCAUACUAUGGUCCACCAGAUGCGUUGGCGGCUCAGCAAGAUGAUGCAGGUGCUACGGAAUUCUUCAGCGCUGACCCAGAUCCUUCCGUCACUUUUGAUAAUAUCGCAAACAAUCCCUUUUGGUUGAAACGCCCACAAUUCAAACCGGCAGCCUUUCGCGAAUCGAUCAAUGGCGGCCACGAUCCUUCACCGACACGUGCUCGUUUGGGGCACAGGCCAGUAGAUCGGAAUGGACGACUGCUACUCGUCACACCAAGACAGCCCGUCAGCAUGCUGCAGUCUGACCCUGGAGCAAACCCGAGCCCGGAGCCAGAUUGGAUGUCGGCCGCUUCCGCCUCGAUGAUUAUAACGUCGCCUGCAAACCUUACCAAUAUCAUACAAGAAAACAUGUCUUCUGUGCCUUCGACGAGGAGGAAGCGGACCUACUCCAAAUUUGAAAGAAACAAUACCAAGGGAGACCAAAGUGCAACCCGCGCAGCUGCGGACAUGUCACCUCCAAAACAGAUCACCAGACGAAACGCAUCAAUGGAACCUUCUCCACAAGGUUAUGGGGACGCCGGGGGCCGCAGCGCACCCGACACUAAUGGUAGUAUGGCACAUGACACCUCGGGAGUUACUCCACCCAAUGGACCAUUGCAAGGUGCCAAGUCUUCUCAGGCCAGAGCGAAAACGUUACGUGCAUCCCAGGGGCAGAAGGGUAACGCUCAACAAACGUCCUUGUCGGCUCCGAGGACCGAGAAGCGCAAUCCGAACAACGAUGUUCACGAUUCUGUGGAACCACAACUUCCAACGUCUUCUCGGCGUUCAGCACGCACCAGCCUUAAGAAGAAGAAACAUGUCGAAGGAGCCACGCCUUCUUUACGCCACGAUCAUAUCACGUCACCAACAUUGGCCGCUUCGACUGGCUUCAAGUACAGGAAAGUCGGAGAGGUGAAACGAGCUAAGACUACUGACAAGCGGAAACCACGACCUGGAUCAUUGAGCUCGCCGGCUGCCGUCAGCCAACUGCCUGCAGAAACUGUGGAACACGAGACCGAGCCCCUUGACGAAGCUACUGAACAAGAAGCUGUCGCUACAGCAGAAAGUCGAACGUCACGACCAGACAUUUGGGAGGUGCCAGGGAGCCCACCGCAACAGGAGCAACAAAGCUACAGAUCGAGUCGUACUUCAGGCUUCUCAACGCAGGCUGCGUUGAUGAUGGCUCAGAUGGAAUUCCAGGACGGCACGAUGCCAACUAUAACUGAAGACGCCCCAACGCCAUGGCUCGCUAGCACGGCGAACGAAGACCCGAUUGUACCCAGUCCGGCAUUCACUCCAUUUCAUAAGUUCAAUGCAACACUAGAGGAGCACUACGCACCCGAACCUACCAUGCCGAACAUGCCCAUCAGUACUCAGGAUCUUUUCGAGACGAUGUCCCCAUUCGCUAACAGCACAGUCAAGAAGCCUGCGAGGGCACCGGCAAGUAACUUGAGGUUCUCAGUUUUCGCGAACAGGGAGCAAGACAGUCCCAGCCACGGUGAUGCUCGAAACCGCGAUCGGAGCCCUACUUCUCAGCAGCGGAAGCCACUCCGAGAGAAGAAUAGCCGGGUUUCGUUCCUGGGCUCGCAGUCGGACAAGGGCUCACAGAGCGAGAGAGCAUCUCAGGAGUCUGUCACGCCCCGGCCGUCCAAGGCUCCCGUGGUACAAGCUGUGGGGCUCCCGCAGUUGGACUUUUGCACUUCCAAUGGUGAGCUCGAUUUCACAGAUCGCUUCUUGAUCAACAUGAACGAGAUGACCUGACGAUCCGGGCCGCGACUACACACUUAGCUAGCAGUGUGCCGUUUAGUGGCCACGAAACUGGCACGGCAUGCACACGUGGUCUUGUGCCAUUCUCUGGAUCUAC